UCACAGCUGUAGGUCUUCAGUUCUCUCCACGGUCAGGGAUGAUGCUGACGGGUCAUGUCAAGAGAGGAGGCGAGUGGAACUUAAUUACUCUUGAACGAAACUUCUGCUGGACAAUAUACUAAAAGACUGAAAACAUUUAAAAGAAGACCUUGCUGCUCAAGAGUGUUCGUCUCGUCUUUCUAUUCGAAGCUGUUUGAUUCGUUGUUUUCGGGCAAAUGUUGGUGGGUCAUAAAAUGUUUCCAGAGAGAGGAAGCUUGGCUUUUCUCAGUGUUUUGAUCGUGGCGCUGUCAUGUGAAGCGAGAGGUCCUCCAUGGGUGAGUCGUCUGGUAGAGAAUAGACAGACAGCAAAACUGGGCCGCACGGUUCGAAUUCCCUGCCCGGUGGAAGGAGACCCUCCUCCGCUGGUCCUGUGGGUAAAGGACGGGCGUAAUGUGAAUCCAGGCUGGAGCCGCUACAAGGUCCUGAAGCAAAGUCUGAAGAUCAAAGAAGUGGAGCUGGAGGAUGCCGGAGUAUACAUCUGCCGCGUCACCAAUGGAUUUGGCAGCCUCGCCCUCAACUUCACACUCAUAGUAAUUGAUGAUGCAGCUGUGCCACAGAACCAGCCUUCUCUAGACGCAGCAGAGCCCAAUGCAGAUCUGAGUCCACAGGACCCGACCAGAGAGCCGUGGGUGAAGCCGCGUUUCAGUCAGCCCACAAAGAUGCGCAGGCGAGUGUUGGAGCAGCCGGUCGGCAGCUCGGUGCGUCUCAAAUGUCUGGCCAGUGGAAACCCGACACCAGUCAUUACAUGGUGGAAAGACCAGAGCCUGCUGGACAAUCCCCAGCAGAGCAAACGGCCACAGUGGACACUGACACUGAAGAACCUUCAGCCGCAGGACAGUGCAAAAUACACCUGUCACGUCUCCAAUGCAGCCGGACACAUCAAUGCCACAUACAAAGUGGAUGUCAUUGAGCGCACAAACUCCAAACCCAUCCUGACCGGCACUCAUCCCAUCAACACGACAGUGGAGUUUGGAGGAACGGCCUCUUUCCAGUGUAAAGUCCACAGUGACGUGAAGCCAGUGAUACAGUGGCUGAAGCGGGUUGAUCCGGGCACAGAAGACCGCUAUAACUCCACACUGGAGGUUGGAGGACAGCAUUAUGUGGUGUUGCCCACUGGAGACGUGUGGUCCAGGCCGGACGGGUCAUAUCUCAACAAGCUCGCCAUCGUGAAGGCCCGAGACGAGGAUGCCGGGAUGUAUAUCUGUCUGGGGGCAAAUACCAUGGGCUACAGCGUCCGCAGCGCCUACCUGACCGUUCUCUCUGAUCCCAAGGUGGAAAAGGAUGUGAUUCCCCGCCACAUCAGUCCUGGUUUACCCUGGCCACUGAUCAUUGGUAUCCCAGCUGUUGCCCUGCUUAUCGUGGGCACCAUUGUGCUCUGGUUGUGCCAUAGUCGAAGACGCCAAAGCGCUUUACCACCCCGACCCACGACCUACAGAGACCACCACAUAUCCGACAAAGAGCCCAGUUCACCAAACACCACUAACCCUGACCUGCCUAGCCAAAGACUAAUGGCAAUGGGGCCUGCAACUCUCAGCGGCCCACCAAAGAUUUACACCAAAGUCUACACAGACAUGCACACUCACACACACACACAUGCACACAUGGAGGGAAAAGUGCACCAGCAUUUCCAUUACCAGUGUUAAACGGUUGCCAUCAGGUGAUCGAUGCUGCUGCCUCUUGUUUUAUUGAGCUAAGGACCACAACCGUACUGUAGGACUGCAGGAAAAAUGAACCCGAUAGCAGUUCUGAUGGACCUCGAAAUGUCUCAGGUCAAAGAAAAGUGGACUUCGGGUUUUCCGGGUCUUUUAGAGUUCAAAAAUCAAAGCGUGCGCGAACAGUCCAAGACUAAUAGUCGAAGGUUUUUCGCUACUCCAAAGCCAAGCAUCACACAGGAAGAGCAGUGUGGAGAUGUUUUAUAGAUAUAUAUUCAGAGAAACUGUGAUAUUUUUGUACGGUGGGUCUGUUUACAAUGUGUUCUGGACAGCUAAUUUGCAAAGAUGUGGUGUUUUGUUUUGGUUCCUUUGUUUUGAGGCGUGUAUUUGUGAAGAAAUUAUGCAAGGAAAUGUCAGGGAAGCUAGAUGGAUGACGAAAUGGAAAUGAGGUAAAGGUUUCUGUUGUAUUACCAUUAAAAGGUACUUUGUGUCUUUGUGUAUUCAGCUCAACUUUAUGAUAAUUGCAGUAUUAUGUAACGUACCCAUUCUGUCUCAAUGCAAUCUUACUGUUAUUAAUUAUUACAAUCCAGGACUGUUUUAUUUCAUUGUGGUUUGUAGAGUUGUAAACAAAGCUCCCUUACAAAAAAAAGCAACCCAGGCUCAUUCUGAAUACGUACCCCGUAUACAUUUCUGGAGAGAGCAAAAUACGACCCAGGAGCUAUGUUUUUUGCAGUUUUUGUUUUCACGAAUCCACCAGAGGCCACUGUGUACACUUUUUGAGAUCUCAAAUUUCUCUUGCGAAUGCCAUUCGUGCCUGCUCUUCUCACGUAAAACCACUAGAUGUCACUGUUGACUAGCUUACUGACUGACUAACCAACUGAUCGAUCCCCCCACCCACCCCCUUCUCUAAACCCAGCCAAUUGUAUUUUGAAAAGCACCUAUUGACCUGCCCACCACCUUCCCUAAACACAACCAACAAUGUUUUGAAAAGCAGAAAUAGAAAAGCCCCCUGAUUCUUUCCAUGUUUUCAGAUCUUACCACAUUCUCACCCUGUUGUUUACUUGUUUAUUUUAUUUUUUUGUCUUACCUGCUUUCUGGAACCGUUCUUCACCGGACUCGAACCUCAUCGUCGCGGUCAACUCCGCUCUGCAUCUCAAGUCUGCCGACAUACGUUUCGAGAUACCAGACAAAAUGAUAACAAUGGGAAAGCCGUACACAUGAAGCCAAGCGGUCAUCUGGUUAGCGAGAAAAGGAACGGCGUUUGUUUGAAAGAUGAAAUGCAGCCAUGCGUAGCUCUGGCAACAUAAUUUGCAAUCUCCAAAAAUGUAGCUACAUAGGGCUACGUUUUCAGAAUGAGCCUGUUGAAACCAAGAAGUACAUGUUCAUUGUAUACUGAAAAGCAUACUGUUUCUGUACUAUUUAAGGCUAAACUGUCACAAUUUGUAGUUUAUAAAAUCAUCUGUAAGAUUUGCCGCAGUAAACUUUGAGUUCACAAUUAUCUGUUUUUCAGUUGAACUGCAAGUGUAGCCUACUUUAUUAGUAUUUAUAAUUUAUGGAAUUAAAUAGCCUACAAAAGCAGACUGAAAGUCACACUUGAAUAAACUUCUUUUUUUGUAAGGAAACACAGCAUUACUGUUUGAUAAUAAUAUAUUUUUAAGAUUCCGUUCAGGUCUUCAGAAACCCCUCAUGAGCCGAUAUAUGAAAUCUAUAAAUGUGACAACAUGUUUAUUUGAGAUACUGCAUGCUGCGAUAUUUACUUUGGUGCUCAUGUAAGUGUACUUUAAUAAUAUUUUUAUAAGAAAUAAAUAAUUGUCUAUUUUCCCCCA